GGUAUACGAUAACCACUACAACACUUCCACUACCAUUUCAUACGCAACUAAAUUUUCUCUUUCAAAUUAAAUGGCACUCCAAGCUCUAAACUCACCGGCAACAAACACGGCGGCGUCACCACCUUCCUUCCAUUACAAAGACAUGAAUUUUCCGACCGCCACCGUAAUUCAAGAUUCUUGGAAUAAAGGCAAGCGUUCAAAGCGGCCGAGAACCACCACAAGCACGGAUAGUGACAUCACUCAUCCAUCGGAACCAGAACAACCCACGGAGGAGGAGUACUUAGCUUUCUGUCUCAUGUUGCUCUCUCGUGGAAGAACAGAUACCACCUCCACCGCCGCCGCUGCCGCUGUCGCUGCCCAAUCUCCUCCACUGCCACCACUUCAUCAGUCUGUCUCUCACAAGUGUAGCGUCUGCAACAAGGGGUUCUCUUCUUACCAAGCACUCGGUGGACACAAAGCCAGCCAUCGGAAAAACGUCUCCGAAGACCACCCGUCUACUUCCGCCACCACAACCGCCAGCGCCUCCGCUUCCUCUGUUUUAAAGCCUAGUGGAAGAACCCACGAGUGUUCUGUCUGCCAUAGAACUUUCCCCACCGGACAAGCACUCGGCGGUCACAAAAGACGCCACUACGACGGCAACAACCCCGGCACCGGAGCAACCGCCAGCGGCGUCACAACCUCCGAGAAGACCACCUCCUCCACCCAUAGCCAACCGCGUGGAUUUGACUUAAACUUACCCGCGUUCCCUGAAUUCCAGUUGGGUUUGAGCGUUGACUGUGCGAAGAAAAGUCAACUGUUCAUGAGCGAGCAAGAAGUUGAAAGUCCACAUCCGGCGAAGAAACAGCUUUUGUCCGUCGCCGUCGACUUGCCAAAUUACUAAAUUACCCUCAGAUACAGUAAAAUUGUUUGAUCUUUUUACAAUUAUUUUUAUUAGGGCAUUUAAUGUAAAGAUAUUGUCCAUUUUAUACGAUUGAUUUUAUUCAUUAAUUAAUGAAAAAUGAGAUUAUUUGUUGGCAUUAA